AUGGACCCGAACCAGGUGAUCCUCCAGUUCCGCUUCUCCUCGUUCGGAGACUCGACGCUCCACAAGAUGAACCUCCUCCGCCAGCAGAGGCGCUUCUGCGACGUCACGGUGCGCAUCGACAAGCUGGAGGUGCCCGGACACAAGGUGGUGUUCGCUGCCGGCUCGUCCUUCUUACGGGACCAGUUCAUCCUGCAGCAGGAAUCCAGGGAGGUCCAGAUCAACAUGAGCCAGGAGGCGGAGGUGGGCCGGCAGCUGCUGCUGUCCUGCUACACGGGCAGGCUGGUGUUCCCGGAGCUGGAGCUGGUCCACUACCUGGCGGUGGCCAGCUUCCUCCAGAUGAACCACAUCGUGGAGCAGUGCACCCAGGCCCUCAGCAAGUUCAUCAAACCGCUGCCCCGGCAGCCGGCGGGGGACGUGGAGAGGGAUGAGGGGGACGGGGUCUUCCCUGGCGGUCAGAGGGAGCAGCAGCAGCAUUCUCCCACCCAGACCUUCCAUAAGCAGGAGGACCUGGGGGACGGCGAGGACAGCUAUGUCAUAAACGACGACGAUGCUGAGGACUACGACGACGAUUUGGACGAUGUUGACGACGAUGUGGUCAUACAAGCCGCCGCCGUCGCGGCCCCGCACCACCCGGGCCAGCCCAGCGGGCAGCGGACAGCCAGGGACAACAUUGGCAUCACCAUCGUGAAGGUGGAGUCGGAGGCGGAGCCCCCCGUGAGCCGCUUCCCGUCCAGCCCGCCCCCCGCCCUGCGGGCCCCCGAGCCGCUGCGGGCCCCCGAGCCGCUGCGGCCCCCAGAGCCGCAGCACUCCCUCAUCAACUCCACGGUGGGGCCCCGAGGGGGCGAGCCGGUCCCCUCCAUGUCGGGCUACCCGCUCGGCCCCCCCGCCCCGGGGGCACCGGUGGCGGGGCGCCACGCCCACGGACCGGGCGGCGCCCACAAGCCGCCCCAGUGGUACCACCAGUGCCCCAAGUGUGCGCGGGUCUUCCGGCAGCUGGAGAACUACGCCAACCACCUGAAGAUGCACAAGCUGUUCAUGUGUCUGCUGUGCGGCAAGACGUUCACGCAGAAGGGCAACCUGCACCGCCACAUGCGCGUGCACGCCGGCAUCAAGCCCUUCCAGUGCAAGAUCUGCGGAAAGAACUUCACACAGAAGUGCUCCCUGCUGGACCACCUGAACCUGCACAGCGGGGACAAGCCGCACCGCUGCAACUACUGCCACAUGGUGUUCGCCCACAAGCCUGUGCUGCGCAAGCACCUCAAGCAGACGCAUGGAAAGAACAGCUUCGACAAUGCCAACGAGCGGGGCAUGCACGACGGGGGCCCGGAGGCGGGGCUGGAGGGCCGGCUGCUGGACGGGGGGCUGGAGGCCAGGCUACUGGACGGGGCGCUGGAGGGCCGGCUGAUGGAGGCGGGGCUGGAGGGCCGGCUGAUGGAGGCGGGGCUGGACGUCCGGCUCAACGGGGGGCUGGAGGGCGUGCUGGACUUUGAGUACGGCCAUAAAGCAGACAUGUAA